GUAAAGGUGAAGCUGCUCAAGAAAAUCAAAACAAUGAGACAUUGUAAGCAAGAAAGAGUCCUGCGUUUAAAGGCUUCCGAUGGGUACAUUCCGGAAUCUCCUCUUCCUCCUCCGCCGCCGCCGCCGCCGGCGACCCAACCCCACUUUCCGUCGGUCACCAUUUCUGCUCAACAACAAGAAGAAGAACCCAGAUUUACCCUUGUCCGAGAUCAAGUGCCAGAAAUCAUAGAAGUUUCAGAGCUGAUGAAGGAUCUUGAAGAUGAAGAAAUGGAGUUCCUUGAUGAGGUCGAUGACAAAGAGAACCUCAUACCCGUCCCUGAGGCCAAAAUUUCAAAGAAUUUCAGCCCAACGAACCCAAAGAUUGAAUCUUUCAGAAUUUUCAAUUCAAGAUUUGCCCCCUUCUCUGAGAUUGAUUCGAUUGAAGAUGAUGAUGAAGAUGAUCAGCAAGAACCUCCUGCGAAAGCGAGGAGAAUAAUGGAAAAAACUGACCCCCUUUUAGAUUUUGAAGAGAAGUGUCCACCAGGAGGAAGUGAUUCAGUGAUUCUAUACACAACAGGGCUGAGAGGGAUUCCAAAGACAUAUGAGGAUUGCCAAAACAUGACCUCUCUUCUAGAGGACUUUCGGGUUUUGUUCUUCGAGAGAGACAUCUCGAUACAUUCGGAGUUCAAGGAGGAAUUGUGGGAAUUAUUAGGACAAAAGGUGCUGCCACCAAGGCUGUUCAUAAGAGGGAGGUACAUUGGAGGAGCUGAACAAGUUUUUGCCUUACAUGAACAAGGGAAGCUUAAGCCUCUUCUUGAAGGCAUUCCUCUUGAUGAUCUUCAAGAACCUUGUGGUGGGUGUGUUGGGAUGAGGUUCAUCUUGUGUUUCAGGUGCAGUGGGAGCAAAAGACUUCAUCUUGAUCACAACGAUGGUGAUGAUCAUGCCUCCACUGCACACUCGGAUCAUUCUAUGACGCACAGACUUGGUCACAUUCCCAUUUUCUCCUUCCAUCAGAGCUGCAGAACUGCUCACCUUCGCCCCUUCUUUUCCCCUUUCCACAACGGCCUCAGUUGUAAGGUGAGUGGUGGAAAUCAAGCUGGAAUGGAAGCAGUGGUCAUUGAUGGCUCAGAGUCGCAGGUGGUGGUUGGUCAAGCUGAUUCUCUGCACAAGAAAAUUUCUGCCAUUCGCCGUGCAGGACCUUCAAAGCUCCAGGUAAUUGCAGAUUUUGAUGCAACGUUGACAAAAUAUUGGAUAGAUGGGCAACGAGGGAAGAGCAGUCAUGGCCUUUUGCAACAGGAGAAUCCGGAGUACAAUAUCAAGAGGCAGAAAUUAUAUGAAUAUUAUCAUCCAUUAGAAUUUAACCCGUCGAUACCACUUGAUGAGAAGGCCCGGCUCAUGGAAGAGUGGUGGGGUAAAACACACGGCCUUCUUAUUGAAGGAGGUCUUACAUAUGACGCUAUUAAAAAAUCAGUGGCGAAUGCAAAUAUUGCUUUCAGAGACGGUGUUGCUGAACUAUUUGAACUCCUUGAGGAGAGAAAUGUGCCUGUUCUGAUAUUUUCGGCUGGUCUUGCAGACAUUAUAGAGGAGGUACUAAGGCAGAAACUGUGUAAAUCUUUCAAGAAUGUGAGGAUUGUAUCCAAUAGGAUGGUGUUUGAUGAGAAUGGCCACUUAUUGCACUUUAAAGGGAAGACCAUUCAUGUUCUUAACAAGAAUGAGCAUGCACUUGACAUGGCUGCCCCUCUUCAUGACCAAUUUGAUGAAGACAAGGGAAUGGUUAAUGAGGAAUCUUCUCUAAAGCAGAGAACCAAUGUUUUGCUUCUCGGCGACCACAUUGGAGACUUGGGAAUGUCCGAUGGUCUAAAUUUUGAAACUCGAAUUUCUGUCGGUUUUCUAAACCACAACAUUGAGGAUUCUCUUGACAGCUAUAGAAAUGCAUUCGACGUUCUUUAUCUGGAUGAUGCAUCCAUGCAUGGAGUGGUAAAGCUGGCCUCUCAUCUAUGUUCUGAGUAAAGCAGUAAACAAGGAAGGUUUAAUUAGUACCACUGUCACUCUCUCCAUAUCAGGACUGCAAAAGCCUGUGUGUUGUGUUUGGAUUUCAAUAACAGCAGCAUUUGGCC